AUGCAGAUGUACUGUAUCAGUGCCUGCAAAAAGAAUGUGAUGGAGCACCAUGCACAAACAGCUCAGGAAACUAACUGGAAGGAAAGAGGCUUCCAGAGCACUUUUCUGAUGGGCCCUCAUAAGCUGUCUCUUGUGAACCUCAGACUUGAUAAGAUGCUGAAAAAGAAAGAUGAUGUGGAAAUCCUGCUGGGCCUGAUUGCUACUGCAGAGGCCUCCUCUCGGCUGGGUGGAUCACCAGUCGGAGAAACUAAAAAGUUUAUUGGUAAAUCCCUUCAGCCAGCACGACCUGUGCAUCAUCUGUCUUCUAAACAAGCAUCAGCCACUGUGGUACCCUUUCAGACUGAAUUACCUAGGAGCACUGAAGUAUGUUUGGAGAGUAAGGUUGACUGGUUAUCUGAAAAGACUGAAGCAAAGAUUUUAACUCAAACUAUGAUGCCCUGUCAACCAAACCAGCAUGAAUCGAAAGCAAAAAAAGAAAGGAUCAAAUACAGCAGAGAUUUCCUUCUGAAACUUUCAAGUGUUUCUCUCUCUCAGAAGAAGCCAGAAUCUCUUCCUGAUCAUCCAGUUGUCCUUGAAAAGCCAGCAAAGGAGGACCCUCACAGAAAUGGAGUCAGUGGACAAAUGAGCUCUAAAAUUGUUCAUGACAUGGCUAAAUUGCAAAUAAUUUGGGUGGCAGAAAAGAAAGAUAGUAAAAACUGGUGCAAGUCAAGGUGGCUUGCAUGUGUUUCAAGGAGAUUGUUUUGA